AUGGAGGAGAAGCUUGAGGGUCUUAUUUUGUCCCUUGCAUAUUACUGCUCAGAUGCUAAUGUUGUCAAAUGCAAGGAAGAAGACCUUCAAACUAUACGGUGCAAUGUGAAAAAGAUUAGCUCCUUAUUAUCUACAAAUGAAUGCCGUAAAAUGUUUUUUGAUCAUGAUGUGUACUUAGGCCAUCUGGCUUUCCUCCUACAGUUUUUGAACGACAGGAUUGUGAGGAAUCAAAUCGUUCGUAUUUUGUUCCGACUUCUCGGGAAAUCAGGAUUUCAAACUCGAGCUAUUGUGCUGAUCAAAAAAGGAAUAACAAGAGCACUGUUUCAUGCUCUUUAUAUGGAAUUCUCAGAAACAGCUCCCAGUGAAGAAUUUUUACUGAAAAUACAUCAGUUACUUUGUCGAUUGGGUCCAAUGGAUAAACGUUUUGGAAUUCGUGCAAGAGUUAGUCAUUGUAUUCCAAUCACAAUCAAUUUGCUUAGAGUUCAAGUAGCUAUAUUGAGUUCAUCAACUUCUAAUUCUACCUUAUCCUUAACCCUUACAAAUGGAGCCACCUCCACACUGAAUACAAAUAUUACAUCAUAUUAUAAUCAGUUAGUGAAUACACCCAAUAGUAGCAGUACUAAUACUUCUAUCACCACAACCAGCACCACCUCUACUACUCCCAAUAGUUCUACACUUUAUUCAUUACAUGGAAAUAUUGGACAAAUGAAUACUACUCCUUUUAUAAAUAAUCUACACUUGCCAUCAUCAUCAUCAUCAUCACCAUCGCCAGCCUCCUCGUCAACAGCAGCAUCCUCACUACUACUGACAGGAAUGCCGCCGUCAUCAUCUUCAACUGGCCUAGUAGUUUCAUCAAGUGUACAUAGAAAUUUAAGUAUUCUCCUGCAUAUAAUACGCUUGUAUGUAUCUGGAAAAUGUGGCAGUAAAAGCAACUCGUCUAUAUUGGGACGUUCUGGUGCUAUCAGUCUAAUUAUACGCUUAAUAUCACUUAUAUCUGGACUACAUUUGUUUAAACCAAUUACACCAGAUAUAUCAUCUUUACCGGGAUCAUCAUCGUCGCUCGGAGGAGGAGGAGCACCAACACCGACAACAGCUGCAAGCACAACCACAACAACAAUAACCCCUGUGUUAACAUCAUCACAAAAUCAAUGUAGAAUUCCUGUCAGUGUCACAGGAAUCUCAUCAAGUACGAUAAUGAAUACGAAUACUACUUCUACUACUACUAAUAAUAAAACGUCUAAUUCAACAAUUGGUCAUACUUCUAACGGACUUAUCCCAUUUAUCAGCCCCUCAAUUAAUGGAAAUCAUUGUAAGGAUAAUACUAAUAGUAAUACUAAUAUGAAUGACAAUAAUGACCAAUCAUUAUCGAGAUCACCAAUGGUAACGUCAGUAACAAGUCACAAUAAUAAUAAUAAUAAUAAUUUAAAUUCUAACCAAUCAGCAAUUAGUGGUGUUUAUAUUGGAAAUGAGAAUGGCUUGAUUGUUGGAAGUCAAGUGAUCGCAGCUGUGACUGCUAUCGCUUCAGCUGCUGCGUGUAUACAACGUUUACGCCAAAAAGAUGUCAAAUCAACACCGACAUCAACAUCAUGCAUGUCGUCAACAGGUAGUGUAAAUAAUUCAAAGCUGACUACACAUUAUACUAGUGGAUUGUUGAAUUCAGCAACAGCUUUACUUUCAACUAUACCGACAUUGAUUGCUACAGGAGUGAAGCAUAAUGCUUAUCUGUUACGUGUAUUGGUGAAUACAUUACAUUGUCUUGUAAAAUGGAGACAUAAUGCUGGACGUGCUAUCAAUAAUGGAGCUGUUUCACUACUACUAGAUCUAUUUCUCGAUGUACAUCGAUGUGAUUUAAAUUGGCGCCGAAUCGAACUACAGAAAAGUUUAUUGGCAUGUCUUCGAUGUUUAACAGUACUACGUUCUGGACGUAAAGCUGUUAUCGCCUCCGGUGGUCUGCAUGCCUUAUUCGCUGUCUGUGUUGGUUAUGUUGGACCUGAUCCACUUGGACGUAAUAAUAAUCUACUGUUAGAAAUUCAUCCACAACAAGUCAAUGAAAAGACUUCACGUGCCUAUGGAAAAUUCAAACGUAAGGAAUUGUUGGAUGGCAAUGUCAGUCUACGUGUUAGUAAACAGCAUAAUUCUGCAACAACACUUACAAAUAAUAAGUCACGUCAAAAGCGUACACAUAACAAUUUAGAAAAGAUUGAUUCAAUUGUUCCAGGAAAUCGUAGUACAUCUUGUUCUGUUCCUACUAAUAGUAACACUGUUCAACAAGAUACUCAUCUAGACGAUAAGAAUAGUACGGGGCUAGUUAAAGAGAAUGAUAUUGAGAGUGUGGAGAAAAGAAUUAGUAGUAUUAAUUCUAAAGAUAUUGGCAAUACUACUACUACUACUACUACUACUAAUACACUGCUGCAAGGUGACGUGCGCAUCGACACCGGGGAACAGAAGGAAAUGCAUUAUAGUAAAAAACUAUCUGAUCCAGUAAUUGUAUUAAUACAAACAUGUAUGCUGUUACGUCGUUGUUUUCCAAGAAGUCGGUUACCAGUUGCUAGUGCUGAAGGUAUCCUUCGAUGUCCAUUACCUAAAGAGACUUCAAGUGCAUCAAUAUCACGUAAAAAUUCCGAACAAUUGAUUCGAAAAGAUACAAUGUCUACAAUGGAAACUGAAAAACCUGAUGGCGCAAAAGUUAAAUGGGAUCAAGAAACUUCUUUGUUAUUUCAAGUUAAUUCUACUACAAAUUCAGAAAAAAGGUUGGACGAUACACCUACACCAGUCCCACAAAAAUCUCCCAAUGACUUCAGUAGUAAACCAAAUAGUACAAAUCGUAAACAACAACAACUUCAACAAAUUUCAUCCCUUCAUACACAGAAUAAUUUAACCUUAAGUCAUUCCUUGAUUACACAAUCAACAACAUCAAUUGAUUAUUUUUCCAUCAAAAAUCAAUCAUUAAACAGUCCUACUGUAAUGAAGAAAAAGAUGAACAAUACCAAAUUAUCCAAUGUAAAGUGUCGGAAAGCUAAAUCCCAAUCUAGGCUAGUUCACAAUCAUCAUCAACAUCAAUAUCAACAUCAACAGCACCGUUAUGAGUAUAAACGGAGAUCACCUGUGAACGAAUGUAGCUCCCCGAGUACAACUGCUAGACAUCUGUUGAAUAUACCGCCUUCAACUACUACUCCUACGAGUAGUGCUACUGCUGCCUCUGUAAAUGUAUCACACGAUUGUAAUAAUAAAUCCUGUCCUCCACGUGUAUACCUAUCGUCUACAAAACACAAAGAUUCUAAAAUUAACAAAAAGAAAUCAAGAAGUGAAAGCAAACACCUCUCCUCACCAAUCUAUGUUCGAAAUUCUGAUAUUUUCUCUAACAAAUCAAUUGAUAACGCCUGUAAUGAUUAUGAAUGCAUCGGUGAUAGUAACAUCUAUUCUCCAACUAGUCCUGCAAAGCAAACUAAUCUGCCUUACGCCACAAGUCGAUCAUGUACUGAAUUGACAAACUGUACAAAAUCAGAUGGUAAAUUUGAUCAUAAGUCAAAGGAGAAGUCAUCAGUUGGAAGGCUGAAGCAAAGUCGACAACCGCCACAGCAGCAACAACAACAAAAGAAUUCCGUUGGUGUAACAAACUACAACAAAUUACAAACUGUUGCAUGCCAAGACGGGGAGAAAUCACCAUCACCUCAAAGAUUAGUCAGUGGGAAUCGACCAGUUGAUACUUGUGGUGUUGAUGAUGUCGAUUAUGACCAAGAUGUUGAUGCGGAUGAAGAUGAUGGUGAUGAUGUCAUCGAAGACGACGAUGACGACGGAGACGGUGAUGAUGAUGAUGAUGACAAUGGAGAUGAUGAUGAUGAUGACGAUGUUGACAACGAUAUGCCGACACAGUCGACUUUUAUUCAACAAUCAUUUGAAGAUUUAAUAUCAAGUCAUUUAAAAUUUUUCCCUGAAUGGUUUGAUCUUCCAGGGGAAAUGCCUAAUAAAUUGAAGAAGGAACAGGUUAAAAAACCAUUGGAUAUGAAUUCUGUGAACUGGUUAUAUGAAAUGUCCAGUCGUACUUCACAAUCCAAAAUAUCUGAUCAUACUACUACUACUACCACUGCUGGUAAUAGUUCUACGAUGACGGCGACGAGGACGACAACGAUUGAUGCAUAUAAACAAGACGAGAAGAAUGCAGCAAAUCAAGAUGAUACCCUGACAAAUAUUAUGGCCAAGUCUGCAACUGAAUACUUAAAUUUCACUGGUGUUGUACAAAGUUUAAUGCCAUUCCAGAUGAUUGCUUAUCCUGAUUUAAUUAAUGCCAGUGGAUCACCGGAACAUGAACCUUAUUAUACAUCGGAUGAAAUGUUUUUAUCACAUACAGAUGAUGCUAAUCAUAAACCAGUCAAGGAAAACAUUAAAACCAAACUGUCUAUACCGAAACAACAACCAAUACGUGCUGCACCCAAAACUUUAGAAUCUCCUGAUCCCAAUAAAUUGUUGAAUAAACCAGUUUCUAAUACCAAUGAUAAAAAUAGUAGUCGUUCAUCACGUUUACCCUAUGAUAUGAAUGAUUUCCCGCAUACUGAAGUACUUGACGAUGUUAGACGCCUAAUUGAUCCAGAGGAUUUAAUCAAUCGAGUGGUCUACGAUUUAGACGAAUUAAUUGUCACUGUAUUGAAAGAAUAUCAGUGUAAAGAUAUGCAGACAGGACAGCCACCACCAGCAAGCCUACUGCUACCACAACAGGACCAACAACAACCCAAUACUAUGCCUUGUCAAAAUCCCACUUCACCGAAGGGUGUCUCCCAACUUCCAGUGUCUAAUAUCAUCUCAGAGUGUGAUCCCGUCACAAUGACUCGAGAAGCACCAUCAACAACACCGACACCGACAACUUUUACACCAUCGAUGAAACCACCAACAGUCUCACCUUUGAAAGUAUCAUCGUCUACAAUACAAGUGAAUAAUGUCUUAGUCAAUAGUAAAUUAUUAGAUAUCACGAGAAAGACGAAUGGCCAUUUACAGAAUGAUAAUAUCCUCCUACAAUCAUCAUUUUCACCGAUGACCUACACAAAUUAUAUUAAUUUAAAUGAUUUGCCUAUAAAUCAGGUAGUCAGUGGAGAUUCAAUCGUGUCGAAUCGUGAUGAACUGCUCAUUAAUCGUCUUGAAUUGGAGAAAGGACAUUUGAAUUUUGAAUCGCGUUUUGAAUGUGGUAAUCUUCGCAAAGCUAUUCAAGUUCGACAAUAUGAAUACGAUUUAAUCCUUAAUCCUGAUGUUAAUACUAUAUCAAAUUUACAAUGGUUCUAUUUUCGUGUAUCCAAUAUGGAAGCGAAUGUUUCAUAUCGUUUUAAUAUUGUCAAUUGUGAAAAAGUGGACAGUCAAUUCAACUCGGGCAUGCAACCUCUUUUAUUCUCAGUUCGUGAAGCUCUUGAAUCUCGUCCAUACUGGAGACGUGUUGGUACUCAUAUUAAUUAUUAUAGAAAUCAUUUUACACGUCAAUUUGCACGAAGAGGUAAUGUGGAUGGUGGAACUUACUACACAGCUUCAUUUGUUAUACGUUUUCCAUAUGCUGGUGAUGUCUGUUAUCUAGCCUAUCAUUAUCCAUAUACAUAUACACGUCUAUUAAUUGAUUUAAACAAAUGGCAAAAUCAAAUAUUGAACAAUUCAAGGGAUAUUUAUUUUCAGAUACAACAGCUAACUUCAACUAUUUUAUCUAAUCCAGUACCGUUAAUUACAAUUACACAAAAUAUGAAUUCUGCAGAUAAUUCAGCAAGUAGCAAUCAACGUCCUUACAUAUUUCUAACAUGUCGUGUACACUCUGGUGAAUCAAAUUCUAGUUGGGUAAUGAAAGGUCUAAUUGAACAUCUUUUAUCAAAUGAUAAUUUGCAAAUGAUUGAAUUACGUAAAAUGUUCAUUUUUAAAAUAAUACCAAUGUUAAAUCCUGAUGGUGUUAUCAAUGGAAAUCAUCGUUGUUCAAUGGCUGGUAAAGAUUUAAAUCGUCGUUGGAUCAAUCCAUCACCGUUGAUUCAUCCAACUAUUUAUCAUAGUAAAAUGUUAUUGAGGCUACUCACAAUCUGCGAACGUGCACCAUAUAUUUUCAUUGAUUUUCAUGGACAUUCACGAAUGAAGAAUAUUUUUCUUUAUGGAUGUAGUCCAAGUGAAUCAUGGCGUCAUCCAGAUGUAAAUAAUCCAGCCUAUCGUGGUCCAAAUCAAUCUGAAGAUAUGUCAUAUCGUGCAUUAGCUGAUAUUCUCGACAAAAUAUCACCAUCAUUUUCAAAACAAUCAUGUCUAUAUGUGGUUAGUAAAGCUAAAGAGACUACAGCUCGAAUAGCUGUUUGGCGUGAAUUCAAUGUUCUACGUUCCUAUACAAUUGAAGCAUCCUACUGUGGUAUUUAUCGUAAAUGGCAAAAAAAUAAACUCUCUGAAAGUGUUGAACAACAUCGCCACCAGCAGCAGCAGCAGCAACAACAACAACAGCAACACCGGAAAGAUGUCAAGGAAAAAGAAGAAGACAACCACCAUCUCGACGAGAAGGCUAAUGAUGAAUCAGUGCUUAUUCAACAUCAAAUGAGACCUAUUGAUUUAAUGGAUUUUGGUUCACAACUGCUUGAAGCAUUUUUGCUAUUACCUCAACUUGAGAAGGCUGUUAUAUCAGUAGAUAGUAGUAGUGAUCUAGCAAAAAUGAGGUGUAAACAUCAUAGUACUUCAGGAUUGACGACACCGUUAUCUGCAUCCUCCACGUCUUCAUCCUCGUCAUCAUCUUCUACAUCCUCUUCAUCCUCGUCCUCUUCGUCGUCAUCCUCGUCCUCCUCCUCCUCCUCCUCGACUUCAUUGUCAUUAGCAUCUACACCGGAACCAGUGAUGCCGACACGUCCAACUCACUUUGACGAAGAUAUCAGUAAUGAUGAAGGUAAAAAGACUGAAAUAAGAAAUCAAAUGAAAAAUAUUGAUAAUAUCAAGAUGGCAGAAUAA